AUGGUUCUGCUGACCAAGCGUUUUACCAAGAUCUUCAAGCUGACAUUGGUGGCUGCAGUAUGCUGCGUGGUGUUUGUGCUGUGGAGCCAGUACGUGGACAAAGACGCGGCGUCGCUGGAAUAUAGGAAGUACCUGCAAGACUACAUUGGCACGUACACCGGAGACAGUGGGACGCAGGAUGCACAGGCCGGUGGAAAAGACGCAUCUGCGGGCAACAAGGGUGCCAACGAGGCCAGCAAUAAGAUCUUCGGCAAAGAGGGCUCAGGGAGCACAAACAACAACGGUGGCGGCGGUUCCUCGGGCAAAAAUGCGAAAGAGGAAGGAAAAGCAGACACUGAGGCUGUAACGGGCGGGCAGAAGCGCAGAGAGGGCAUGCAGAACUUCUACAAGCAGGUCUUCCACAGUCUGCGGAUGAAUUCGCCCAUGGGCAAAUCGGCCCGUCAGUAUGACACCCGGUGCAAGCUCAAUGGCGACAUCGGGGCCAGACCCGACGACUACGACAACUGGUCCAAACUCACGAGCAAAAACCUGGGCGAGUGUUUGAUGAUUUCGCCCAAGGAAAAGCAACUGCUGAAAACCAAGCAUCACGACUACGUGGACAGCUUGAAGCGACUGGUGCUCCCCAAGGGAACGUACAAGGGCAACGGUAUCGUGACUGUGGGUGGUGGUAAGUUUUCGAUGCUUUCGUUUUUGAUUAUCAAAACGCUCAGGAACUUGGGCACAACUCUGCCGGUCGAAGUGUUCAUCCCUCCCAAAGACGAAGGCGAAACGGAAUUCUGUAACACUCUUCUGCCAAAAUACAACGCCAAAUGUGUCUUUAUCUCGGACGUGCUGCCAAAAGACGUCAUCAACAGCUUCGACUUCCAGGGCUACCAGUUCAAAUCGAUCUCAAUAAUCGCCUCGAGCUUCGAAAACCUGCUGCUCUUGGACGCCGAUAACUUCCCUAUCAAGCCUUUGGACGAUAUAUUCGAGCAAGAGCCUUACAAGAGCACCGGUAUGGUUCUAUGGCCCGAUUUUUGGAGACGUACCACGAACCCGGCCUACUACGACAUCGCGGACAUCGCUGUCGAUUACAAGAAAAGAGUACGGAACUGCAUCGACGACAUAACUCCUCCUCAAGUAUACACUUCUGACAUGUCUGAUCUCUCCGAGGUGCCACUUCAUGACCUGGACAACACAAUUCCAGACGUGUCUACCGAGUCCGGUCAGUUGAUGAUCAGUAAGUCAAAGCAUUUGCCCACGAUACUGUUAUCGCUAUAUUACAAUGUUAACGGGCCCUCGUGGUACUACCCCAUUUUCUCGCAAAAGGCCUCCGGUGAGGGUGACAAAGAAACUUUCAUCGCCGCUGCCAAUUUUUACGGGUUGCCAUCGUACCAGGUCAAGUCCAGAACCGCUGUUGAUGGUUACCAUUUACCCCAUGGGUUUCGGGGUGUUGCAAUGCUGCAGCAUGACUUUGUACAGGAUUACCAGCGUUACAACUAUGCUACCAAUGAAAUCAAUACAGAGUAUGCUGGGAAAACUGGGAAAUCCGUCAAGACAGACGCAGACUACUCUCCAGAGGCCGUAUACAUGAAAUAUUUCGAGCCAGAAGAUUUCAAAGAAGUGGACAUCAUGUUCGUUCAUUCUAAUCUUCCUAAAUUCGACCCUUUCACGCUAUGGUCCAACCAGGACUUGAUUUGGGACGGGAAGCACAUUCGCUCCUACACCAACUUGAAAAGGCUCAAUGGGUACGAUCUGGAGUUGGAAAAUUUCCGCGCUUUCAAGGAAUACUUGUGCACGCAGCGUUCCCACUUCAAAUACUUGGACGACGAACUUGGCACAGACCAGAAAAAGUGGCAGGGCAUGUGUAAGUAUAUCAACGAAAGGCUGCGCUUCCUGGACAGCACGCACUUGGAGGCAAUUGAAGCAGCUUAA